CUGCACCUCUCGGGGACCGACCCGGAUCGGAGGCAGGGGGAUGGACCGGUUGGCCUCCAAGGGACCCAUCGCCCGGGGGCAGGGGGAUGGACCGGUUGACCUCUCGGGGGUCUAACAGAUCGGAGGCCGGGGGAUGGACCGGUUGGCCUCCAAGGGACCCAUCGCCCAGGGGCAGGGGGAUGGACCGGUUGACCUCUCGGGGGUCUAACAGAUCGGAGGCAGGGGGAUGGACCGGUUGGCCUCUCGGGGGUCUAACAGAUCAGAGGCAGGGGGAUGGACCGGUUGGCCUCUCGGGGAGCAAAACGGAUCGGAGGCAGGGGGAUGGACCGGUUGCCCUCUAGGGGACCGACCGCCCGGGGGCAGAGAGAUGGUCCGGUUGGCCUCUCGGGGUCCAACGGGACGGAGGCAGGGGGAUGGACCGGUUGGCCUCUCGGGGAGCAAAACGGAUCGGAGGCAGGGGGAUGGACCGGUUGGCCUCUCGGGGACCGACCGCCCGGGGGCAGAGAGAUGGUCCGGUUGGCCUCUCGGGGUCCAACGGGUCGGAGGCAGGGGGAUGGACCGGUUGGCCUCUCGGGGAGCAAAACGGAUCGGAGGCCGGGGGAUGGACCGGUUGGCCUCUCGGGGUCCAACGGGUCGGAGGCAGGGGGAUGGACCGGUUGGCCUCUCGGGGUCCAACGGGUCGGAGGCAGGGGGAUGGACCGGUUGGCCUCUCGGGGUCCAACGGGUCGGAGGCAGGGGGAUGGACCGGUUGGCCUCUCGGGGUCCAACGGGUCGGAGGCAGGGGGAUGGACCGGUUGGCCUCUCGGGGUCCAACGGGUCGGAGGCCGGGGGAUGGACCGGCUGGCCUCUCGGGGUCAUUUAAGGGCCGAAGAGGAGUGUCCAGCGGCGGGGCGGGCUUUCUCCGCGUGCUCCUCUUCAGGUUCGGCUGGGACGUCCCCGUGAUUCUGAGAAACUCCGAAGAGACGGAAUCCAGCGCAAGAGUGUCCAAAAAGCUGAUGAGACAAGUGAAGAAUCCCUUCAGCUUGGAGAUCGCCCGUCCCUCUUCCGCUUCCCUCUCGACGGGCGUCAGCCUGACGGUCGACUGCCUGACCGACUGCGUGCUGACCUGUUACUGGGGCUGCAGCGUCCAGCGGCUGCACGAGGCCCUCCGGCGCCACGUCCACUGCGCCCGCAUCAAGACGCCGCGGGCGCUGGAGGCCGCCCUGGGCUCCGGAUUCCUCCACCGGGAACGCCACCUCGUCGAGAAAGCCAAGAGAGAGGAGAAACUCUGCCGGCUGUCCCCGGACGCGGGAAUCUCCGACUUCGGAGCCGUGCCCCGGUCGCGCUACCCGCUGGUCGCCCUCCUGACCCUGGCCGACGAGGACGACCGCGACGUCUACGACAUCAUCUCCAUGGUGUCGGUCGUCCACGUUCCCGACGGGAGCUACGGGCUCUCCUGCAGGAUGCUCUAUCAGUAUUUACUCCUGGCACAGGGCCAGUUCCACGACCUGAAGCGACUCUUCAUGUCGGCGAACAGCAGCGCGGCAGGAGGAGGAGGAGGGUCCGAGGAGCCGGAGCCGCGGGACUGCGUGGUCUGCCAGAACGGGCCCGUCAACUGGGUGCUCCUGCCCUGCCGCCACACGUGCCUGUGCGACCUGUGCGGCCGCUGCUUCCGCCGCUGCCCCAUGUGCCGGCAGCCCGUCCUCGAGUCCUUCCCCCUCCGCGCCCCCCGGGACCGCUGAGGCCGGGCCCGUCGGCCGGGAGCCGUCCCCGUCCCCCGCCGCCGUCCCCUCCCCGUUCAACGUGCGACGGACAGCCGACGCGGCGGCGCCGGGGCCGCGCCCGCCCGGCGCUCCGGAGCGGAGUGGGGAGAAGAGAAACGGCCGGCGGAUC